UUCUGCGAGAUUUGUAUUUUGUUCUAGAGGAGGGAGAGCAAAGCAGGGAAUAAGCGAGACGUUUGAAGGUCAACUCUUAAGUAGAGUCGAGCACACCACAAGCAUGGAUAAUCUGGAAGAUAACACCACUGUCUUCUCCACGUUGAAGUCUUUUAAUAACUUUUUGUCUCAGCGGAUGGAUACCCAACAGAGCCUGUCUGAGCCCAGUACAAGUAAACGUGCCCUUCAGAUGCAGUUCCAGCAGAGGAUGCAGCUGGAGGAACAGGCUGAGAAAAUCCAUUCUAAAUCGCAGCUCUUGCAAAUAGACCAGGAGAAAAAACAGAUGGAGUUCAGUCACAAACGGGCACGCAUUGAGUUUGAAAGGGCAGCAAAUACCAGUGCAAUGGACUUUGAGCGGCAGGUGGACCGUAACCAGGAAUUGCAGUCACGCAUAAAGAAACUGGAGGAAAGGCAGGCAGAAAUGGAAGGGAAACUGAAGGAACAAACUGAGAUCAACAGAUCCCUCAGGAAGAGCAAUGAGGAGACGAGCAAGAAACUGCUAGAAAAAGAAUCUAAAUUUGCAGAGGCCAACGAGACAAUCACUGUUUUGAGAGCAGAGAUUCUGGAGCUCCAGUGCAAGUUUAAAAGCCAGACGAUAAAACUGACAACACAGGAAAGUGAGAGACAGGAGCAUGUGGAACAGAUGGAAUUGCUUCAGAAGAAAUGUCAGGAAGCCUCCCAGAAAACCCAAAUGCUACAAGCCUCUCAGGCCCUGAAUUCUGAAAAUGAGCUGAAGAUCAAGGAACUAGAGAUGAAGCUAGCUUUACAGGAGCAAGACUCUAUGAUUGUGAAGAACAUGAAGACUGAUCUGUCACGACUCCCAGACAUGGAGAGAGAACUGAAACAGCUGAGAGAGGAGAACACCUACUUCAGAGAAACCAGGGAGAACAACACUCUUCUCAAGGAGGAAAUGGAGGGUAUGCGACGGAAACUCGAGCGUUACGAAAACACCAUAAAAGACAUGGUCAAUUUGGAACUGGGGAAAGAGAAACUUGUUAUGAAACUGCAAGCCUGGGAGAAUUUGGAGCAUGCUACUGGACUCAAUAUCAGGACUCCAGAAGACCUAUCCAGAGAGAUCAUUCAGAUUCAGCAGAGAGAAAUUACCCUGAAACAGCAGAACUACACUGUCACCAACCGUGCUCGGGCGUUGGAGAAGGCCCGUCAACAGCUCCAGAGCGAGGUGUUGCCUCUUCGCAGCAGGCUCCUGGAAGAACAGAAGAAACGCGAGCAGCAGGACGCCCUGGUGCGCAGACUACAGAAACGUGUUCUACUGCUUACCAAGGAGCGUGAUGGUAUGAGGGCUAUCCUGGAGUCUUAUGACAGUGAACUGACGGCCUCUGAGUAUUCCCCCCAGCUGAGUCGACGAGUCCGGGAGGCUGAGGAGAUGGUUCAGAAAGUUCAGGCUCACAAUUCGGAGAUGGAGGUUCAACUUUCCAAAGCUCAAGAGGAGGCAGGAACUUUCAAACUGCAAGCACAAACAAUGGAAGCAGAGUUUGAUAUUGUGAAGAGCCAAGCUGCCAUGGCAGACGUGAGUGCCUCUGUAACUGUUGAGGAGGUAAACUCCCUCAGACAAAAGAUUGAAGAGCUUGAGGCAGAACGCAGUCGUCUUGAAGAGCAGAAUAAUAUUUUGGAGAUGCGAUUGGAGAAGCAUAACCUCCAGGGUGACUAUGAUCCAACUAAAACAAAGGUAAUGCAUUUCAAGAUGAAUCCAGCCAGUCUGGCAAAGCAGCAGCAAGUGGAGGAUGUACAGCAGCUGAGAGAGCAGUGCAAGCAGCUUCAGGAGCGUGUCCAGGUCUUGCAGGCAGGGGGUGCUGUUUUUGCAGAGAAAGGAGGUGUGAACCUGCCAUCGUCUCAGGAGGUCAUGGAUAUGCGUAAACAGAUGGAGAGUGCUGAGCUGAAGAACCAGCGCCUGAAGGAGGUGUUUAAGGAUAAGAUCCAGGAGUUCCGAGCGGUAUGCUACACACUGACUGGGUACCAGAUUGACAUCACCACUGAGAACCAGUACCAGCUCAGUUCCAUGUACGCAGAGCACAAGGAUGACCGCCUGCUCUUCAAGGCUAACAAUCAGACUGGUGGAAGCAUGCAGCUCCUCGAGACAGAUUUCUCCCGAACUCUACAUGAACUCAUCGACCUUCACCUCUUCCAUCAAAACAGCAUCCCAGCCUUCCUCAGUGCCGUGACCCUUGACCUCUUCAGCCGCCAGACAUCUGUCUGACCCGGCCCUCUCACUCCAGCCAUGGUUCCCCGCCAGGAAACCUGUUCUAUUCAUGUUAAUAGGCUGAUUCUUUGUGAUUGGAUACAUUUCUGCACAAAGCUGGAAAUUUACUAAGGCAAGCUGUAAUGGAAUUAAUCUCUUUUUUGGGGGGGUGGGGUAAGUUUCAACCACCUCCCAUUGAAUAAUAAAAUGUAUUGGUAAUUAGGGUACUUUCUGACGAAUAUAGUUGUGUCCAUGCUUGUGAAAUGAAGGGUUUAGUUAUACCUUGUGAAAGCCAGUAGACAUGAUCGAGGCAGACCUACUGACCUACUUUGCAAGACAGUAAUGAAAGAUAAUUCUGUCAGGUAGACGUUUGUCAUCUGUAUUACUUUACAUAUAAUAAAGGAAUAUACCAUGCCAAUGGCUUUUUCUUUGGUUCAUUUUAACCUCUAUUUUAUACUUCUAAGACAGACAAGUAGAAUAUUAGUUACACCUUGAAUCGGAUAACAUGGCACUAUUGCAGGUUUCAUUGUGGUAUUAAACUUAAUAAUAAUAACUAGAAAUGCCAGGCAGUUUUACGGCUUCCAAGCCCCAGUAUCAGUACCCAUCUAAGCGUGUUUAGAUCUCAAUAUUCCAAGUUUAAAAUCAGCAACUUCAACAGUUCCACUGAAGAAUAUUUUGAAAGUUUUUUUUUUUUUUCAAAAAUGCGCCAGGAUGCAGUCUUGUUUAAUGCACAAAUGCCAUUUUUGAAAAUGUAAAUUAUACCGACAUAGGCACGAUGGUAAGAUCGUUUGGAGUUAAUCAAGUGAGCCAUUUAAACUGAAGCAAUUUUAAAUAUAAGAAGAAAAUGUA